AUGUCCGACCAAAUAAAAUACACCUCCAAACUCACAUCCUCCCGCAUCCUCAUCAUCGGCGGAUCCUCCGGCAUCGGCUUCAGCGUCGCAGAAGCAUGCAUCGAACACGGCGCCUCCGUCGUCCUCUCCUCCUCCAACCCCACACGCGUCGAAUCCGCCGUGUCACGGAUUGCAACCGCCUACCCCUCGAAGAAAUCCGCAAUCCACGGCGUCACCGUCGACCUAGGCAAGCCCUCAACGCUUGAAAACGAGCUGGAAAAAGUGUUAAAACGCAGCGUUGAAAUCCUCAAAGGGAAAUUAAACCACGUGAUCUUCACCGCCGGCGACGCUCUCGCCACAAUGCCCUUGUCCUCCAUGACAUAUGCGAACAUCGUGGCUGCAGGCCAAGUGCGCUUCUUCGCGCCGCUGCUGCUUGCGAAAUACCUGCCCGAGUAUCUCGAGGACAGCCAUGCGUCGAGCUACACCAUCACGACGGGCAGUAUCAGCGAGAAGCCGAUGCCAGGGUGGAAUGUGAUUGCGGGAUUUAUGGGCGGGUUGCAUAGUAUGGUCAGGAAUUUGGCGCUGGAUUUGAAGCCCGUGAGAGUCAAUGGCGUGAGUCCGGGCGUGGUGGAUACGGAGCUGUGGCGGGUGAGCGAGGAGGAGAGGAAGGAGAUGAUGAGGAGUAUGGGCGAGAAGCUGGCGACGGGACGGGCGGGGAGGCCGGAGGAUGUAGCAGAGAGUUAUUUAGGGUUGUUAAGGGAUGGGAAUGUUACGGGGAGUAUGGUCAGGACGGAUGGUGGGGGGUUGAUUAUGUAG